CAUUUUUACAAUUUCGAAAUUCGAUCGCGAAUGGUGUGAACGUACAGAAAAAUAAAUGUUUUUCUUUUUUUAUAAGUGCCAUAGAUAAACAUAGGAAGUGAAAAUGGUGUGUAAGGUGGCACCAAAACUUAAUUCCCCGACGCGGCGGGGACCGGGUGACAAUCAUGACGGGCAGACUACAGAUAUCGCUGAUUACGAGACGGCCCUUGACAUUGCCGGUUACGGACGCUUUAGCCGCAGUGCGCUAGGCGCGUGCGCGUGCGCAUUCUUCACGACGGGUGUUGAGAACUGCGUCAUGUCAUACGUGCUGCCGGCGGCAAAGUGCGAGCUGCAACUCACUACUUAUACGACCGGGCUCAUUAACAUGGCUUUUAUGAGUGGUGGAGUGGCCAGUGCAUUCUUCUGGGGCAUAGUGGCUGACGUGUUCGGCAGAAGAAACAUCCUCUGCACCACGUUAUUGUUGAAUGCAACUAUCACACUGGUACAGAGCACGGUCUCCGAUUAUCGAGUACUGCUGGCCGCGAGAUCUAUAAAUGGAUUUCUUAUUGGUGGACCUUCAACGCUGGUAUUCACAUACUUAUCAGAUCUGGUGGGAGUGAGGAGGCGGCAGUUCUAUCUCACCAUUACGGGCAUGAGCUUCGUGGCCCCCUGGCUCAUACUUCCUGCAAUCGCGUGGUUGGUGAUUCCGUUCAAAAUCGCCUACUCCACCGUUCUACCUAUCUACUCCUGGCGGUUAUACCUGGCCCUGGCGAGCCUUCCGGCCUUUAUUGCUGGCUUUUGGACGCUACUUCUACCGGAGAGUCCAAGACUGCUAUCUGACACAAAUAGAACUGAAAAGGCUUUGCAAAUCUUGGAGAAUAUAUUCAAGAGGAAUAAAGGAAAUACCGAGGUUUUUAAGAUAAAGAAAUUAAUUCCAGACGAUAUCUUCGUAGCAAAGAAACUGAACGGAGAGCAGAACAGAACGAGGGAACUCUUCAUGGGUGUCCUUAAAGAUCUGAAGAUGUUCGUCUCCAAGGCGUAUGCCUUCAAAUCUAGCUUGAUACUUUUCGUCUUCUUUGCAAAUAUGGCUGCUGGUUUUGGCUUAAACUUCUGGCUCCCAGAACUUCUCCAGAGAACCCAGGCCAGAGACUGCAGAUUUGGCACUAAGCUGGCCAUCCCAGAAAAUGCAAGGCUGUUCAACGCUAGCAAUGCAACGUGGAGGGAAUAUCAGGACUCCAAAACUGACACCGAUAAUGACAGUUUUGGUCACAGUGCUAAUGAUAACUGUGACAGCACAAUGGAUGAUGAGGUAUUCAUUUCCGGCCUAGUAGUCGGCGCAAUAUGCGUCAUAGGGAACGCCGCGUGCGCAGUAUUAUGCUCACGCGGCGGCGCACGCGGCGUGCGAGCCGCAGCUACAGCCUGCACGCUAGCGUGUGUUUUAGCUUGCGUUUGUCUCGCACUGUGUGUUUGCUCCUGCUCGAGUGCGAAUAAGAUCGCGGUGGCGGCGGCAGCGGCGUUGAAUGCUGCGUCCUUGAAUGGAAAUGUCUUACUGAUUCGGUUGCUGUUACAUGCUUUGCCUCCGAAGUUAAGUGGUCUGGGCGUGUGCUGGGGCGCGUGGUGGGGGCGUGCGGGUGGCGUCGCUUCGAACCUCGCGGUGGGCGCGUUACUCGAUUAUUCCUGUCCUGCGCCGUUUAUUUCCGUCGCCGCGUUGCUUGCAAUAUCAAUUGGUGCCAUCAUGCUGAUCAAACUGGAGUCCCCUCAGGAGUCGGAACCGGAGAAAACCGAAGAAGCAGCGGAAAAAGAAACUGGUCUAGACAGAUACAUUUCCACUCACAUGUAAACGUGGCCGUUACACAUAUUCAUAGUUUCCUUGAGAAAAAUGCUUUACUGAUUUUGAAACAAAAUCCACUGGGAAUUACGUGAUCAGUGAAACAAUUUGCACCCGUGGUGUAAUAAGGCCAUAUCCGCAAAACUACGACUUUUCAGGAGGUUUAAUAGUACGAAUGAAAUAAGUCAUUAUCGACACUAACAAUUAACACUAUACCAACUCAAAUUCUGUUGAUUUUGCGUUUGUAAUAUCAAAUUCAAAAUUAAGAAAAUAUUGCAAACAUUAAUAG